GUUUGGAAACUUCUGCAUUUUGAUAUUCAAAUGCUGACAUAAAGGUGGUGCCAUGCUAUUGCAGAGCAUGUAAUCUUUUGUGUCUGCAUCAGCACAUUGAGGAGAGACCAGAGUGAAGCGGAGAGAAGAAUUCAUCAAAUAGCAAAAAUGCAGUGGAGUCUGUUUCUGCUCAUUCUGAUGGGUCAGUGGUCCUUCUUCACUUGUCACCUCUAUGAGUAUCACUUUAUUGGAGAGAAUAAGACCUGGGAUGAAGCUCAGAAGUAUUGCAAACAGAACUACACUGACCUGGCCACAGUGACUAACAUGGCAGACGUGAGGAGACUCCUUAACGCUACAGUGCAGCAAAGAGAAGCCUGGAUUGGGCUGUACAACCAAACAAAUGGCAACAAGAUGUGGCACUGGUCUCUGCCAGGAGUGGAGUUCAAUGAUAGUGAGACAGAUUGGGGUGAUCUUCCUUCUAAACAGCCGAAUGAUUAUGAUGGUGUUGAGAACUGUGUGUGCAUCGAUCCUCAGAAUAGAUGGCAAGAUGUCCUUUGUACUGAAAAUUAUAAAGUUAUCUGCUACGAUGAAAGAAAUCAAUCCAAUAAAUUCAAACUGAUUGACAACAGCAUGACUUGGCCACAGGCUCAGAAGUACUGCAGAGAACAUCACACUGACCUGGUCAGUGGACUCAGUCAGAUAAAAGAAGCAGAAUACAAUAAAAAUAAUGAAAACAAGAGGAUUUGGAUCGGCCUGUUCAGAGACACCUGGAGGUGGUCAGAUGGGAGCAGUUCCACCUUCAGAAGCUCCGAUCUGGAGUUAUUUAAAAAAGAAGGUGGCAACAAGAAAUGUGCCAUGACUGAGUUAAAUGGAUCUGGAAAAUGGGACUCUGAUGAUUGCAAUAAAACAAAACCCUUCUUCUGCUAUGAAGAUAAAGUGAUCCUGAUCAAAGAAAGUAAGACCUGGGAGGAGGCCUCAUAUUACUGCAGAGAGAACUACAGUGACCUGGUCUCCAUCACUAACCUUCACCAGCAGAGAUGGGUCCAAGAGAGAGCCAAGAACGCCUCAACUGAUUUCGUCUGGCUGGGACUGCGCUACACCUGCACUCUGGAUUUCUGGUUCUGGGUCAGCAAUGAUGUUGUCAACUAUACAAACUGGGCCCCGGGAGAGGAACGACUGAUAUCUGUGGCAUGUCUGGAGCCAUGGACAGAGGAGGACAACAUCAGUGGUUCACAAAGCCGGAUAAUAACACGUUUAAUUUCAUCUGUUCUAAGUGUUGAAACCCACUCUGCUCACUGGUGUCAGAUGUUUUAUUCAUUCACUCACGUUGUGUUUGGUGAUGUAAUACUUUUGGAUAAGUUUACACUAUGUAUCGUUUUUGGGUUUAUUGAAUGUGUGUAGUUUGUUUUCCCAUCUAUAUCUUUUCAAGAUAAUUGUUUACAUUUGCCUCCAUAUAUUUAAUAUUAAACAUUUUAUCAUGUUUUGGUAGAGAUUUGGUGGUGGGGUCAUAUUAUAUGAAAUCUUAAAUGUCAUAUUUUAUGUAAACAGAUACUUUCUUUCUCUGAGGUUAAAUAAACUGUUAAACCAUGGA